AUGACCGGUGGCGGGUUACGGCAACCCCGCCGUGGAUCAUGGCGGGGCACGUCCGCGUGCACAAAAGGACAUCCGUCUUCUGUUCGUAUCCAUUCCGCGCCCGACCCCGACCCCGCCACCCGCUCCCCGACCCCGCCACCCGCGCCGCCCCUGCCGCGCACCGCCGCCGGCCGCGCCUCGCUGUCCGCGCCCGGCCCCGACCGCGCGGCGGCGGCGCCUUCCCGGCCGUGCCGCCUCGGCCGCGGCCCUUCGCCGCCCGCGGCGCCCCGGCCGCGCCCCUCCCGCGGCCCGGCCACGCCCCUCCCGCUCCCCGGCCGCGCCGGUCCGGCCGGCCCCCGGCCCGCUCCGGCCGCGCCCCGGCCCCAGCAGCCCCACCCACCGCCGUUCGUCGCCUAA